AUGGCCCGUACCAAGCAAACAGCUCGGAAAUCGACUGGUGGCAAGGCGCCACGCAAACAACUGGCUACUAAGGCCGCUCGCAAGAGCGCACCAGCCACCGGAGGCGUGAAGAAGCCCCAUCGGUAUCGCCCUGGAACUGUUGCCCUGCGUGAGAUCCGUCGAUACCAGAAGAGUACCGAGCUCCUGAUCCGCAAGCUGCCUUUCCAGCGUCUGGUGCGUGAAAUCGCUCAGGACUUCAAGACUGACCUGCGAUUCCAGAGCUCGGCAGUGAUGGCUCAGGAAGCUAGCGAGGCCUAUCUGGUUGGCCUCUUUGAAGAUACCAACUUGUGCGCCAUUCAUGCCAAGCGUGUCACCAUCAUGCCCAAAGACAUCCAGUUGGCCCGUCGUAUUCGCGGCGAGCGUGCUUAA